AUGCCUAAGGCUGAGGUCGGUACGACUAAAUACCUCAAUAACAGGCUGAAAUCUAAAGGUUUGCAAAGAUUACGAUGGUAUUGUCAAGUGUGCGAGCGCCAGAUGCGCGAUGAGAAUGGCUUUAAAAUGCACACCCAAUCCGAGUCGCACGUACGUCAAAUGCUGCUGGUCGGCGAGAACCCCAAGAAGUUUAUCAAUGAUUACAGCAACCAGUUCCAACGCGAUUUUCUUCAGCUCCUACGUACUUCACAUGGCGAGAAGAGUGUACACAUGAAUCAUUUCUACCAGGAAUAUAUCCAAAAUAAAGAGCAUGUCCACAUGAAUGCAACUAGAUGGGCUUCAUUAACUGAGUACGCAAAGCAUCUCGGCCGAGAGGGUAUUUGUCGGGUUGAAGAUAAUGAGAAAGGGCUGUAUAUCGCGUGGAUUGAUGAUUCACCAGAAAAUUUAAGGCGGCAGGACGCGAUUCGCAAGAAAGAGAGGCAAGAUAAGGGCGAUGAGGAACGAGAAAAGAUGUUAAUACAGGAACAGGUCCUGCGGGCCCAGAUUGAUGCCGAUAGGCGGGCAGGCUCAGGACCGAAUGAAACAGAGAAUGAGCUACAAAGGGAAGAAGGGACAAAGAUUAAGCUUAGUUUUGGCGGAAAGCCUCCCAUCUUACUAGCUGGGCAGGCUAAAUCAAAUGACGGAUCUGUACAUGAGGCCGAAAUUAGUUCUGAGAACCCGAAAAGGAGACUGGUGGGCUCGGCAGCUAUCAAUCAGGAACUCAAAGAUACAUUGGUCGAAACAACCCAAAAGAGCAAACUUCCGUCAGUGAAUGUCAUGUCCAAACCUGGAAGCUCCAGCAAAUCUAAGAACGUAUUUGCAGCUGCUAAGAAGAAUGUACGUAGUGAGAAAUCGCCAAUAAUCACAAGACCGCCACAGAAAAUGAGUGAAGCAGAACGUAUUAUGCGAGAAGAGAUAGAGCGAAAGAAUAGGCAGGGCCCUGCCUGUCUUAGUGGUUCCUUACAAAAAAAGCGCAAAUUAUAG